CGAACGUCUUUAGCUAGCUCGUCGUCAUUCAGACAGCUGAGCUAGCAAGCAAGCAACUUCUGUCGCGAAAUCAUAUCAAACUAUGAUUUUCAUUUCAAAACUGUUCAGUGGCGCUUGCAGAGUUAUAACCUUAACGUCUGUAAACACAGUCUUUGUGACUGACAAGUCAUCAACGCUCGGGAAAUUAGGAAUUUUGUACUUGCGGCAAGGAUGUACUCUGUGUAUGGUGGCCCAGAGGAGACAUUACACAACAAGUCUGAUUCAAGUACGUAGAAACUUCAAGCCUGUGGAUUGUGCAACAUCAUCACUAUCUCAACUUAAGGGUCAAAGCUUAGGCAGAAAGUAUGGUACAUCCCAGAUUGCGCAUCAGAGGGACGCGCACCAGAAGGGAAACCUGCAACAAAGUGAAGGAGAACGUCCGACGCCCACGGAGAGAGUUCCCUCUGUGACAUCACAACAGACUCACUCCAAACAGCCAGAAGCCUCGCAGCAAUCGCCAAAAACAGUAUCGGAUUCCUUGCAGGGAUCAGCCUCGGCAGAAAGAACAAAUAAAGAAACGUCGGAACGGAUAUUUGACCCUGCGGCCAAGGCGACCUUAUCAUCCGAUUUGGGUAAUUUGUCAAGUUCCAAAUCGCGACAUCCCAAAGCUUCCAGUACGAGUAAGAGCAAAUCUAAGAAAACUGCUCCACUCUCGGAUAAAACUAUCAGCAAGCAGAAAGAAGUGAAGUCAACUAAACCUCGGAAAGGGAAAACAAAACCAACAAAGGCAUCAUUGAGUACGUCGAGCGAGGAAAAAGCAACAGCAGGGAACCGUGGAACAAAGGAUGGUCACCAGGCAUGUCAACAGAUUACGAGCAGCACAGGAGACAUCGUCAAAAUCCCAACAGAAAUCACGCAGCCACGGGCGAGAAGUAAAGCAAAGUCUGUGAAGAGGAACCAGAGAAACAAGACUGGUAAUCAAACAGCAUCGAAUCUCAGGGACUCAGCCAGUUGUAAGGAUAGUCAGCUUAGAAGUCAACAGUCAAGUGAAAACGCAAGUCCCACGCUAAACGAAUCUGGGACGGAAAGAUUAACAUUCUCGCUGCCUAAAAAAAUCAGUACAACCAAUUCCAGUGUAGACUUAGUGGAAAACAAAUCAAGUGCAAUAGCAGACAAAACCAGUGCAAUCUCCAACAAACCACAUCACGCAUUAACGAUUGAUGAACAAACAUCGCCAGAUUCGUCAAAAUUACGUACGGGAGCCGCUCAAGACAUUGGAGCGGAUGGUUGGCAGCCAUCUUCCACAGAUGAUGCCGUUUCAUCCCCCCGAACAAUAGAGUUACUGGAGAAGAAAGGCUCUAUGCAUUUGCCAGGGGUGGUAGCAAAAGAAGGAGAUGGGAAGGUGAAACCUGGGAAGGAGAGACGGAGGUGGACAAACGUCGACAGCCCCCAGGCCUACUUGCAGCCCUUCAUGGACGUCAGCAUAUUCUGUGGCAUGACCGAGGAGGCCCAGAAGCUGUUUGAUUCAGCUAGACUCCACAACCAGGAGCUAAACACUGGCCAUUACAAUACCAUGCUGCAAGCUUGGGCAAGAAAGGGAAAUCUCAGUCAAGUGAGGGUGCUGUUCUCACAAAUGGUCGCCAGCAAGUUGACACCGGAUCUUCAGUCGUAUGCUGCUGCACUGGAAUGCAUGGGAAGGAUGAAAGACAUCAACCACAAAACAGUGACCAAGUGUCUGGACCAGAUGAAGGUCGACGAACUGACCGUGGAGGACAUCUUCCAGAAGUGUACCUUCACCAUCGACCAGAGAGAAGUCAUCUUGAGCCUACUUGAAGAUGUUCAGCCAGGGUUUAAGGCCCCGCCUCCGUUACAGCGCCCUCAAUGUAACGUCGGUAUCGUGAAGGAGCUGUAUACAAAGGGCAGGGUGCCACAUCUGGAUAAACAGAGCCCAUAUCCAGAGAUAAUGAGCCAAGACGAGAUGCUGAAGAAGCUGGACGAACAAAUGAAGAUGGAGAAGAGCGAAACGGUUUUGAUUCCCUCGAUCGAGAAGGAGAUGUCAAAUAAUCAGAGCAAGAAAGCUAUUUUGGAGCAGCAUAAGCAAGAGUGGAGAGAGGCCUUAACCAGAAGCUUCAAAUAUGAACUAAAAAAACUCCGCAGGGCGAAUAAUCUAAGACGAGCAACGGUGGGUAAGACAAACUUCUAUCCGUUCUUCUCCAUCAUGGAUCCCCACGAGUAUGUCAAUCUCAUGCUGGAUGCCCUGCAUGAGCUCGCAAACUCCACGGAGGGAAACAUGACCGUCUUGCUGUCCAGAGAGCUCGGCUACAGAGUCCAGCGCAAGUAUCUUAUCCGCAGGAAAAUCAAGAUGGGUGUAGCUGACAAGGUUUUGAAGUUAUACAAAGAGUUUGUGAGUCGGAGUCUGAAUGUGAAAGCGCUGAAUCAUCGUGAGUUAUGGAAGAGCCUUGAGGACAAUAUGCCAGAAGGGCCAUCAUUGGAUGCUGAUGUGGAAAACUGGCCGGCAAAUAUCACACUUGGGAUUGGAAGUCGUCUGGCAGAAAUGAUGAUCAGGGAAAUCAAGAUUAACGCGAAUAUGUCCUUCACCAAUAAACCUGAGAAGAUGAUCCCAGCUCUAUAUCACAUGUACACCUACAGAGGUUUCAAGCAAGUUGGCUACAUUAAGCCUCAUCCAUCCCUUGUUGAGCUGCUGCAACACGUGAAAGGGAUUGAGAUGCCAUUUGAUAGUAACCUACUCCCAAUGGUCAGUCCGCCCAUUCCAUGGUGCUCCGUCAAGUUUGGAGCUUUCCCGCUUAGCACAACUAAAAUUAUGCGCUGCAAAGAUGGCACCCCACAGCACCAGUCCUUACUGCAGAAGACAAAGUCCGCUGAACUCUAUCCCGUGCUCGACUCUCUCAACCAGCUAGCCUCUACGCCAUGGAUCAUCAAUAAGCCUAUUUUAGACGUGAUCAUCAACGUCUUCCAGAAAGGUGGGAGUCCGGAGCUAGACAUUGCUCAGCCGCCAUCUGUGGUUGAACCCAUCCCCAAGCCGACUGGGGAGCUGACCCAGAAUGACCUGGCGAAGAUUCAGCAACAGAGGGCGCUGUUACGCAAGAAGCAAGCCGAGAUGCACAGCCUAAGGAUGGAUGCAUUGUAUAAGUUCUCUAUCGCAGACAAGUACCGAAAUGACAUCUUCUGGUUUCCACACAACAUGGACUUCCGUGGCCGGGUCUACCCAUGCCCGCCCCACUUCAAUCACAUGGGCAGCGACGUCACACGGAGCAUCUUAAUGUUCGCCGAGGGACUACCCCUGGGUCCCGCUGGACUCGACUGGCUUAAGAUUCACCUGGUUAAUCUGACCGGUCACAAGAAGAGGUGCUCAUUGCCCGAGAGAUUAGCCUAUGCAAAUGAGAUAUUGCCGGAGAUCAAGGACUCGGCAGAAAAUCCCUUGGAGGGAAAGGGUUGGUGGAAGGGCGCCGAGGACAAGUGGCAGGCCCUCGCUUGUUGCAUUGAGAUCACCAACGCCCUGAAGCACCCAGACCCCAGUGGCUUCAUAAGCCACCUGCCUGUACAUCAGGAUGGAUCGUGUAACGGUCUUCAGCACUACGCGGCCUUAGGUAGGGAUGUCAUCGGCUCCCACCAAGUCAACCUCUGUCCCACGGAUGUCCCACAGGACGUGUACAGCGGAGUCGCUCAAAUGGUUGAAGAGAUUUGCAAGAGAGAUGCAGAGAAUGGCAAUCCCCAAGCCAAGCUGUUAACCGGUCACAUUCAACGCAAGGUUGUGAAGCAGACCGUUAUGACGGUGGUUUACGGCGUAACGAUGUACGGCGGGAAGUGGCAGAUCCACAAGCAGCUGAGUGAGGUACCAUCAGAGGUACGGCUUUAUGCAGCCGGCUACCUGGCGAGAAAUGUCUUCAAGAGCCUUCGGGAGAUGUUCACGAAAACCAGAGAGAUUCAGGAUUGGUUGACUGAUUGUGCGUGGUUGAUCUCCAAGGCGGGUCAGACAGUGGAGUGGGUAACCCCCCUGGGCUUGCCGGUCAUCCAGCCCUACCACAAGAAGAACAUGAAGGUCAUUAACCAUGCUGACCAUGUCAUGUACCACACUGACCGCUCCAAUACAGACGAGUUACCGGAUACCAUGAAGCAGAAGAACGCCUUCCCACCAAACUUCAUCCACUCCUUGGACUCAACUCACAUGAUGCUAACGUCUCUCAAUUGUCACCACGAGGGCAUUGCUUACGCCUCUGUGCAUGACUGUUUCUGGACACAUGCUGCCUCCAUCAAUGUCAUGAACAGAAUAUGCAGAGAGCAGUUUGUGAGAUUGCACAGCGAACCGAUCCUGAACAAUCUAGCUGAGUUCAUGAUGGAGAAGUAUGGUGACCUAAUGAUCUCCCAAGGUGCCAAGGUACAGAAGGAAAACCCACAACUCAAAGUCAUAGGUGACUACAUCAAACAAGUUCCUGAGAAAGGAGAUUUUGAUCUAAAAAAUGUCUUGAAGUCCACUUUCUUCUUCAGCUGAAAAUGGAAAGACAGCAAGAACAAUAAUCUUGGACUGGUGAGGUCUGCAUCAAACAGGUUCCUGAGAAAGGAGAUUUUGAUCUCAAAAAUUUCUUGAAGUCGACUUUCUUCUUCAGCUGAAGAUGGAAAGUGGCAAAGAACAAUAAUCUCGGACUGGUGGGGUUUGCAUCAAACAGGUUCCUGAGAAAGGAGACUUUUAUCUCAAAAAUGUCUUGAAGUCAACUUUCUUCUUCAAGAAAAAUGACUGGUGCGUCAAAAGGAAGAUUGACUGCAUUCAGCACAUAUUGCAGGCUGGCAUAGUUUAUAAAUCACUCUAAACUACAGUGGAUGAUAUUGAAUGGUCAGACAGUAGGAGGGUUGACUGUGUGCCGUGUAGAUGCAUUCGCCAAGUGAUAACAGUUUAUUCUAAACUACAGUGGAUGAUAUUGAAUGGUCAGACAGUAGGAGGGUUGACUGUGUGCCGUGUAGAUGCAUUCGCCAAGCGAUAACAGUUUAUUCUAAACUACAGCGGAUGAUAUUGAAUGGUCAGACAGUAGGAGGGUUGACUUUCUGUGUAGAUGCAUGCCAAGUGAUAACAGUUUAUUCUAAACUACAGCAGAUGAUAUUGAAUGGUCAGACAGUAGGAGGGUCGACUGUACUGUGUAGAUGAAUUCACAUGCUACCAUUAUAGGCUGGCAUUGUAAUCUGGACGCAUGUACAAAACAAACCUUGGUGGAUGAUAUUGAAUGGUCAGAUAGUCCGAGGGUUAAGAUUGUGCUUUUUUGUGCUUACAAAACGGACAAACUUUUUAAAAGAAAAAUUACUGCAUAUCUUUUAUCAAAUUAGCAACAAAAGUAGUCUCUGAUAAGGACAAAAUAAACGACAACAAGACGUGAAGUUUCAAAGUUAAAGACAGCUUUUAUUUAUACAUCUUUACAUCAAUCAUUAUACAGGUCACUUCUACUCAAACAAACAGAAGAAGACAGAAACGCGGACUGUUGAAGCCCAAAUUAAAAAAUAAAGAAGUGCAACUUGGUAGAAAAAUUUGUCGGAGUAUGUCAUUUCCUCGCUCUACAUCUCAUAUGGUAUCUUACACGUGCACCGGAACAAAACAUUUGUUAAUUUUUAGUAUUUACAUAGGUUGCUUCUUUCUUAUAAAGAAGGAAUUUUUUUAUUUAAUAAUAAUUAUUACAAUCAAGAAGACGGGUUUUGGUUUGUCAUAUAAUGUGAGAUUUACUGUACAGUUAAAGAUAUAUACACUAUGUUUAACCAAUUUGUAUAGUAAAAAUAAGAUAUUCUAUGAAAAUAAUGUGCAACCCCAAAAAAAGCUCACAGCCUAGAGAGUAGCGAGAAGGGAGUUGCAGGCACCGAUUGUGAGCAAUGCCAUAUAGUGUGUGUAUAUUGGCUGGUAACCUGUGGCCCUACGGCCAAAUUAAUAAAGCCUGUAUGCGGAGGAGUACUGCGCACAAAUGGACAGUUUCAAAGUCAUUAACACAGCUUACCGUAAGCAAAACAAAAGGCACACUUGCUUGCCCAAAGACUUGUGGACAAGUCGUUAAAUGUCUGUCGCGGUGAUAGCGUUCCGACUUUAUUCCGAAUCUCCCCGGUAUUCUUGCAAGACUGUUGGCCUCGUGAGACUACUGCUCUCACGACUACGGUCCAAGUAGAAGUGGGCAACCAGCAGUGCGCGCGAGAGCAGUGAUCUGGUCUCGCGAGAGCACUGCCACAACUCGACUAUCUCACCGCGGCAGACCAUUAACGACUUCUACACAAGUCUAUCCUGCCCACGGUUCUUGUAACGCAACAAUGCAAAGCCACUGUGAACAACGACAAUUCAGAGGUUAGCUAGGAAUGCUCGUUUGUGUGCAGGCACACUAACAAUUUCUGCUAACACAGAAAUUCCGUGUAAGCGCAGAAUUCUGCAGUAAGCAAUGCCAUAAAAUUCAGUUCCUGCUCUCCCAGUUUGAUACCAUUAGUAGAGCUGGAUACGUCACAUAAAACAAAAAUCUACAUACUUGACAUCUAUAAAGGAGGAAUUAUUUUGAAGAGAUAGAAAAUUUUGCGAGAUAUUCUGGCCUCGUUUAAGUCGUAGCGUCCACCAGCUGCGAAAUGUUUUCAUGUCGAUAAUUUGUAAUUGCCACUUUGAAGUAAAACUUGCUUGUUCAAAUACAAACAGUUUACAUGUUUAAACUUUGUGGAAAGUUCUUUCUGAUUCUGGUAUUGUUAAAUAACUUUCUGAUCUGGUACAAAUUUUAUGGAAUUUUAUCCCAAAUUUGAGCCCUGUGGAUGAGGACAGGUUUAGUAAUUGUAGAAAAAAAAUGGAAGGAAUUUUCUACCUGGACGUCCUAUCUAUGACGAUUAAACUAAUUAAUGUUAAUAUUCCUACUCACUGCAAACAAAUCA